GCUGCUCUUAGUGGCGGCCACAAACAGGAAGAAAACAUCCAGCGGUUAUCGUAGCGGAGGGAGCCUCGACUAGCUCGGCGGUCUGUGUGGCACUGGCACAGUAAUGAAACGGCCCUGAGAGUCGAGGAUAAACGGGACUUUUUGGAAUCAUGCUGUGUCCGGAGGAGUGACUGCAUCCGCUGACACCCAGGGAGGAAUCACACAACUCUCCUCGUCUUUCCUUCGGGUCCGGGUGUUGAAACAAGGUGUGAAUGAGUGACGUGGUGCCUCCCACAGCUCUCAGUGAAGUCCAGCUCCGCUUCCUCUGCCACGAUGACAUAGAGAACGUCAAGCUGCUAUGUGGCGAUUGGUUCCCAAUCGAGUACCCAGACUCAUGGUAUCAGGACAUCACCUCCAACAAGAAGUUCUUCUCCCUCGCUGCCACCUUCGGAGGAGGCAUCGUGGGAAUGAUUGUGGCUGAGAUCAAAGGUCGAACCAAAGUGCACAAAGAGGAUGGAGACAUCCUGGCCUCCAGUUUCCCUGUGGACACACAGGUAGCCUACAUCCUCAGCCUGGGAGUGGUCAAAGAGUUCAGGAAACAUGGCAUAGGCUCCCUACUGCUGGACAGUUUGAAGGAGCACAUCUCAACGACGGCGCAGGACCACUGCAAAGCAAUCUACCUGCAUGUCCUCACCACCAACAACACUGCCAUCAAAUUUUACGAAAACAGGGACUUCAGGCAGCACCACUACCUGCCCUACUACUACUCCAUACGAGGAGUCCUGAAAGACGGCUUCACGUAUGUGCUCUACAUCAAUGGGGGUCACCCGCCCUGGACAAUAUUUGACUAUAUCCAGCACAUUGGCUCCACCCUGGCCAGCCUGAGCCCCUGCUCCAUCCCGCAGAGGUUGUACCGACAGGCCCAGUCCCUGCUCCGCUCUCUAUUGCCCUGGUCCAACAUCGCCUCCAAGACUGGUAUCCAGUACAGCAGAACAAUGUGACACAGCAUGGGGCGCAAAAGUGUUCCAUUUUCCAUCAGUCUUCCCCUGUACACACCAGGAUGUGCAAGCACUCGCUCACAUUCUCGAUCACGUAUGGCUUUCCACCCCCCACCCCCCAUCCGUGGGACUCAGGUUCAACCUGUGCUUGACCGUUCACGCACCAGAAUAUCAACUCCAGAUUCAGUACACGCGUGGCACCGUUCUCUCAAGGUUCCGGGUUUGCAGCUGCAGCCGCGCGCCCACUUACUAAACAGGGUCGUUGCAUUGCAACAUUAUUUUUUAAUUGAAAUGUUGUGUUUCCACUGAUGGACAGUGUUCUCUGGUUAAAAAAAACAAACCCCACAGGAUUUCUUCUAGUUGUUCAGUCACAAUACCAUCCCAUAUAUAGUCAUCUAUCCCAUAGUUGCUAUAGUGACCUGUGUUUGACCAGUCACACCAAAGCUGAGCAGUGUCAGACCGGCAUUCUUUUAUGUUGGCCUACACACACAGACGACAACCACGGGUCAUUGUUCUGAUGUGAGAGGGGUGUAACACGCACGCACGCACGCACACACACACGCACACACGCACGCACACACGCACACACUGGGAGAGCGGUACAGAGACUAAAGGUUCAAAGCUUGUCUACCUUUCUGUCUCCCUUCAACCUGAUUCACCACUGUCACAGAGACUAUGUAUACUGUUUGUAUAUUAUAUAUACUGAGCUAAUAUAUGAAUUUCUCUUGAUAUGUAUGUAUGUUCUAUACUGUCCGUUGGGCCUAGUUGGAGGAGAACCCAUCCAUUUUUCCUUUUUUCGACUAUAGACUGAAUCCAGUCAAUUCCAGUUUGUAAUCUAGAUGCUAAACUAAAUUGGGACUGUGAAUCUAGCGAUGUGAACAGGCUCGCGGGGUAGAAAUAAAAACGAAUUAUGCACAGGAAACUUUGCGACACAAUGUAGGAAGUAAUUCAAUAUACUGAGUCGCAACUGGAGAUUUUUUCUUCUCUUUAAGGAUUCUUUGCCUUUGCAAAUACGUGAAAUGAGUCUGACAUUCUGUGCAAUAAUUGUCCCUGUGGCAUCAAUGUAGAAAUUAUGUUGUUGUGUACAACUCAGUCAGUACUUCCUGCAACACAAGAAUUUUACAGACGCCACCAAUUAUGCAGUACUGUCUGAAAGUGUUAUAUAAAAAAAUAAUAUAGUUAUAAUUAUGAGCAAAAUGGCCUUUCUGCAUUGUUUCAAAAAUGUUGCCUAUGUAUAAUUCCGACAUGAGUAAGGGAGAGCUCCUUGAGUCCUUGUUUUAGAUUGUUCUGUGAGCGGCUGUAGCCCCGUCCUCCUCUUUGGCUGUAAAAUUGCUGCUAGUGUAGAGCAAUGUCCAUUUUGUUUGUUCGGGUUUUAAGAAAAAAAUGGCCCAGAUUAGAGGGUUAUUUUAUGUUGGCUUGUAGAAGCGAUAAGAUGAAAAGCUAUGUGAUGUUCCCAAACACAAACAUCAUACACACUUUGUGUGCCCAGGUGCACUAAGGUGUGCAUGUCUGGGUCUGAAAUUGUUGCUCAGAUCCAAAGAAAAGCAUGGUAAGCUCACCCGACACGUCGACUUGUAUGUCCAAAGUGAGUGAAGUCUUACUUUUAUUGCUUUUUAGUUGCUCCGCACUUGAACGACUUUCAAACCUGAUCCAAGGUUUCAGUCAGGGAGGAAAUGUAAGAUUUUUAUACAUGACACUGCACUGAAGAAAAAAAUGUGGGGGGGGGGGGGUAACUGUGAUAAAUGUGCAUUCAUUUUUAAAAAGGCAAAAGUUCCUCUUGUUCUCUAGUACUGCACGGGUGACUCCACAGAAAGUUUCAGACAUUUGUGUAUGCAAUAAAUCUGUUUCAUUUGA